AUGCAAAUCUUCGUGAAAACCCUCACGGGGAAAACCAUCACGCUGGACGUGGAGCCUUCGGAUACCAUCGAAAAUGUAAAGGCGAAAAUCCAAGACAAGGAAGGCAUUCCGCCUGAUCAGCAGCGUCUGAUUUUCGCUGGAAAACAGCUCGAGGAUGGGAGGACCCUCUCGGAUUACAACAUCCAGAAGGAAAGCACUCUUCACUUGGUGCUUCGCCUUCGUGGGGGCAUCAUUGAGCCAUCACUGGCCCUGCUGGCCUCGAAGUACAAUUGUGAGAAGAAGAUCUGCCGCAAGUGCUACGCGCGUCUUCCCCCCCGCGCCACCAACUGUCGGAAGAAGAAAUGUGGCCAUACCAGCCAGCUGAGGCUCAAGAAGAAGCCCAAGGGCUAA